GCUACGUGCGUAGUGACAUUGACGUAGCACAGGAACUAGUAUCCCAGUGAAAGCCUGCUUCACAGAACCGCCAACUCUCCAACAUGGUGUUAGAGACGAUUUCGAGGAUAAUAAAAGUGCAGCUGCCGGCGUACCUGAAGAAACUCCCUCUCCCGGAGACAAUCGGCGGAUUUGCGAGCCUAACAGUGUCCGAAUGGCUGCGGCUGCUCCCUCUCCUGGGCAUCUUGGCCCUGCUGGGCUACCUGACCAUACGACCCUUCUUCCCCAAGAAGAAGAAGCAGAGAGACAGCCUGAUCAACCUCAAGAUUCAGAAGGAGAACCCCAAAGUGGUCAACGAGAUAGACAUCGAGGACCUGAACAGCGCAAAUGUUUGCUACUGUCGCUGUUGGCGCUCCAAAACGUUUCCUGUUUGUGACAAGUCUCACUUAAAGCACAACGAGCUGACCGGAGACAACGUGGGGCCGCUCAUACUCAAGAAGAAGAUCCUAUAAUCCUCCUCUAGUCUUGCCAUUUAUUGACACUCCCUAGACUUCUUGCCCAUGCUGGUGAGAAAUGUGCCUUAUUGUGUUUGCCCUUCCUUUAGUUCUGAUGUGUACAGUAUCUCGCAAAAGUGAGUCCGCCCAAUCACAUUUCAAAAAAACCGGUAUAAAAAAAGUUGGACCAUUUUGUUAAAAUUUGAUCUGGGAAUUUUAUUUAUUGGAGAAUUGCAUUGUCAUGCUUUUUAUAUGUUGCACACAAAUGCUAAGCAGUUUUAUGUUUUGCAUUUCGUUCCCUUGCUGUACAAAAACGAACCGAUCGGUCGCCUUAAUGCAGAGUCCUUGCCGUUACAUCCCUUAUUUUUAAACAAACAACUCAUUUAUAACAAUAGAUAUGUCCAAAAAUGUCACUGGUACUUCUAGUUAUAAGCACUAUUUUAAUACUGAACAUCCUUUGCUGUCAACUGUGUUGUUUUUAAACAGCUACUUUAAGGUCCACUAAUAAUGUUUUUAUGACCUUGCCUUUACAGUACACACCAACACAACUGAUUAGAAAUACACCAAUCAAUAAAAAAAAACUGGAUGUACCGUAUUUUUCGGAGUAUAAGUCGCACCUGCCGAAAAUGCAUAAUAAAGAAGGAAAAAAACAUAUAUAAGUCGCACUGGAGUAUAAGUCGUAUUUUUUGGGGGAAAUGUAUUUGAUAAAAGCCAACACCAACAAUAGACAUUUGAAAGGCAAUUUAAAAUUAAAGCUGCAAGCAGCGUUGUUCGGGCCCGCGUAUUUGGCAGGUGCUAGUCCUAAGUGUCCCAAUACUUUUGUCUACUUUUAGUCGGAAGUGUCCCAAGACUUUUGUCUAGUUUACCUACCUUGUCUGCAUUGUGUGGGCACGUUGGUGCUUCCUGCUUUUGAGCAGCCAUCUUAAAAAAACAGCACCGCAGGAGCAUCAGUGCAGCGGGUCUUUGAAGGGUCAUAAAAUCAAAACCGGAGCAGGUAUCACAAAACGGUUCUGAUAAUUUAUGCACAAGGGUUUAAUCUCUCUCCUGUGUUAUUUUGAAGCCGAAAGGACAAACGCGCUCAGAGGAGAUAGUUUUUGAAGGAAGGUGACAGGUUUUUCCAAAAAAAUUGUUUUGAAGGGGGAAUAGCAAACAUCCUGUUGAUUUUUGCUGGGGGUUGUCAAUUUAUGAAAUGUAGGUCUAAGUAUGACAUACAUAGAGGUUUUUGUUUCAUGUCUGUCCGACCUUCCCAGUGGGAGUUACAGUCAGUUUUGUAGUUGUUUUCUUCCGAGGAGCAGUUUUUUGUCAGUUUUAUUAAAAAAUUGCUGUAGAGCACAAUUUUUAGAUUUGGGGUUAGGUUUUUUCAUUAGAUCACAGUUUUAGCCAGUCCUGAUGUGUGUGUAAAGUUUGGAGAGUUUUGAAGCAUGUUAAGGGGGUCAAAUUACAGCUCAAAGAGGCAAAAGUGACUGUUUUUAGUACUUUUUUGUCUUGAAGGGGGAAUUGCCAACUUCCUGUUGAUUUUAGCCCGAAGACAUACAAUUAUGAGAACUAGGUCUAAGUCAGACCUACAUAGAGGAUUUUGUUUCAUAUUUUUCCGACCUUCCUAGUGGGAGUUACAGGCAGUCUAGUUUUUUUUUUUCCUAGGGGGCGCUAGAGCGCAAUUUUGAGUUUUGAAGUUUGGUUCUUUGAUAAAAAGUUUUGCCGUAUAUUACUAGUUUGUUUUUUUCCUAGGGGGCGCUAGAGCGCAAUUUUGAGUUUUGAAGUUUGGUUCUUUGAUAAAAAGUUUUGCCGUAUAUUACUGAUGUGUGUGUAAAAUUUGGUGAGUUUUGAAGCAUGUUAAGGGGGUCAAAGUAGUGCGCAAAGCUGCGGAAGAAUAAUAAUAAUAAUAAGAAAGAAUAAAACGGACGAAUAACAAUAGGUCCUUAUGUCCCAUUGCAUAAGGACUCCCUGUGGGAGUCCUUAUGCAAUGGGCCAUGGCGGGCCCUAAUAAAUAAAGAAUAGUGAACAACAGGAUGAAUAAGUGUACGUUAUAUGAGGCAUAAAUAACCAACUGGUAUGUUAACGUAACAUAUUAUGGUAAGAGUCAUUCAAAUAACUAUAACAUAUAGAACAGUCCAGUGACGUGCGGUGAGGUUCAUGACUGGUGAGGCACUGACUUCAUCACAGUCAGAUUUACAAACAUAUGAACCCUAACUUACUUACUUACUUAGUCCUCUUGCACUUCAGGGCGCGUAGAGCC